AUGGACACACAGGAGGGCAAGGCGGCGCCGGAGGCCCCCGGCCGCGGCUUGGUGUCGGAAUGGUGUGACAUGGUGGGGCGGAACAUGCGAUCUGUUCCGCAUUCCUGCUCAACACUUGGAGGCAAAAUUGCUGCUCUGUACAACAGCUUCAUCAGUAAAUCAUUAAAAGAACACAUUUUUCCUCCUCUGAUGGAAAUGCUAAUUUAUUUUAAUUUUUACAAAGCCCCAUUUCUUGUGGACUUAAAGAAGCCAGAGGCAAAGAUUCCCCACACGGUGAACUUCUACAUCAGAUCUGAACCAGGGGUGAUGCUGGGAGUCUGGCACACGGUGCCCGGCUGCCGGGCGGAUGAAGCCAAGGGGAAGGACCGGCUCUGGUAUGAAGCGGCCCUGCAGGACGGGAACCCAAUUAUCGUCUAUCUCCACGGCAGUGCACAGCACAGGGCAGCAUCUCACAGAAUCAGGCUGGCAAAGGUGCUGAGUGAUGGUGGCUUUCACGUGCUGUCUGUUGACUACAGAGGAUUUGGGGACUCUACGGGGAAGCCUUCAGAGGAAGGACUGACUGUGGAUGCUGUCUGUGUCUAUGAGUGGACCAAGGCAAGAAGUGGCACUACCCCUGUGUGUCUCUGGGGCCACUCGCUGGGCACAGGAGUUGCAACAAAUGCUGCAAAAGUAUUGGAAGAGAAAGGAUGCCCAGUUGAUGCUAUUGUCCUAGAAGCUCCAUUUACAAACAUGUGGGUUGCAAGCAUUAAUUAUCCCUUGUUAAAGAUUGCCCAGAAAUUUCCACGAUGUUUGCACACAAUUAUGGACGCCAUGAAAAAAGACAAAAUAGUCUUCCCCAAUGAUGAAAACGUUAAGUUCCUGUCUUCCCCACUGCUCAUCUUACAUGGAGAGGAUGACAGGACGGUGCCUCUGGAGUGUGGGAAAAAGCUCUAUGAAAUUGCCCGCACAGCAUAUAGGCACAAGGAGAGGGUCCAGCUGGUUAUCUUUCCUCCUGGCUUCCACCACAACCUUCUUUGUAAAAGUCCCCUGCUGUUAAUGGCUGUGAGAGAUUUCCUGAGCAAGCAAUGGGCCUGAGGACAGAAACCUGUAGUGAAGACCUGAUCCCAACCGUGCCCUCCGCUCCCUGAGUCUGUGUUGUGUGUUAUUUUUAUAUGGGGCCACCUGGAUGAACUGAGGCUAUUUGCCAUUUUAAUAAGGGAAGCAUGGAUGCUUCAUGCAGAAUUUCCAUGUGGGGAAUCACACCUUGGCAAAAAUGUGGCAGUCAGCUAAUGACGUGUAGUGUUCCAAGAUCCUGGGGGUGGGGAGGUAUCUGUGAAGAAGGUGGCUGCUUGGUUGGACUCUCUGUCUGUCCCCAGAACAUGCACAUUGAAGUCCAACCACCAGUGUGAUGGCAGUAGGAGGCUGGGUGUUUGGUGGGGAAGGGUGUUCCCAGGGUGACAGGGAUGAGUACUCAUGCGUGGCAUUAGUGCCCUGUAACAUAGGCCGGAGGAAGUUCCUUACCUCUUGCACCAUGUGAGGAUGCAGAGAAGGUGCCACCCAGGAGCCAGGCUAGAGCCCUUACCAGAUUUGCAAUCCACCAGCACCUUGAUCUUGAACACCUCAGCCUCCUACAAUCCUAGUGUCACCCAGUUAUCCGGGUGGGGUGUUGUCUUACAGCGACCUGAAUAGAUCGGGGCAGUGAUCUUAGCUUUGGACUCAAGAGUCUAAGAAAGGUAUUCCAAGGUACUCAAGUGAUUUGUAUUUUACUCAAGUUCUUUUAAAGGCUCUUAAAAAGUUCCAAGCAGUUUCUUAUUUUUUUCGGAUUAGUUUUGCAGGAAGUCCUAGUAGUUUACUGAUUGGUUAUAAAAUAAUGGCUUGGCAACUCA